AUGGACACAGAUCUGACUGAUGGAAGAGCUGACAAUGACAGCUGCACGUCUCCACCUAGUCCUGAUUUUAGUCUGGACUCAUCCAGUCCCUUUGCAAAUGGACUGCACUUUGAGUCAAUUUUGUUCGAAGAUGAGGACGAGGAUGAAGUUGUGGACACGGAGACGGUGUCUCUGUUGGAAAGCACCUUGUGCGGUUCAAGAGGAGAGGAUACAACAAAUACAAAUUUAAAGACAAAAUUAGAUAUAAAUUCUUGUCCGACUAGAGGCACGUUUUCAAAGGCUUGCGCAUCCCUGGGCAAAGAAGUCGACUUUGAAGACAAGUCAAAAAGUGAUUGUGGCCUUUCUUCUCUUGUGAGCAGUCCUGCUGGGAUUGUUAUGGCAAGUUAUGAUUCUCAGACAAAAAAGCAAAAAACAAAGGCUGUACCACCUGUGAAAUAUUUGGAGGGUGAAGUAAUAUGGGCCAAAUUCAUCCGCAGACCAUGGUGGCCAUGCCAGGUGACUGUUGACCCACUUGAGGGAGUUUACCACAGAAUUAAAGAGCAAACAGAUCAGAGUCAGUAUUUCCUCAAGACGUUUGGAAAACCUAAAGAGCAUGCAUGGGUUCCUGAGCGAUCUACUCAUAUAUUCGUUGGUGGAUAUCAGUUUAACAAUCUCCCCUUUGUUAGAGGAAGCGGACAGCAACAAUAUAAAAACAGCAGAUACCCUGUAUCCAAGCGUUUUAUGAACGCAUGGAGAGCUAGUGUGGCUGAAGCAGAAGCGCAUGUCCUGGAGAAGCCGAGAGUAAACACUCCCUGCUCAGAAUUCAUCCAGAACCUCUCUGAUGGAACCAAAGCAGACAGUAAAAUCAAUGUCUCUGUGACAAAGAAGUCUUCAGUGGAAUUCCCUGACAUUAAACCUGUGACCAAUGGAAGAGUUGCUCAAAAAGACCACUUGCACAACUUCCCACAUAACCAAAGGUCUAAAAACACUAAAAGGGAAAGAAAGUCAUCAUCCACACAAUUUAUAAAAGUUAAAGAUUUCAGUUGUGAGAAGGAUAAGUUUGUGGAAGCUUUGGACAGUCCCUACUCUGACAUUGAUUCGGUACCUCAGAUUCGCAGAUGUCCUAAAAGUAUUGAGCGAAUAUCAAAGCAGUGUGUUAUUGAUAAACUUUCGAAAUCAACCACAUGCCAACUUCCUGUUACAAAUGAUACAGAAGUAAAGAAGAACAUUGGGAAUCAGGGUGGCCUUUGGUUCAGCAAAGCAGGGAAAGGUCAAGUAAAUGGAGGACUUAGUCGUGCAGGAAUUAAAUCGGUUAAUUGUUCCUUUGGAAAGGUAUCUUGCAAAAUUAAGAUGCCAGAUUCAGUAUGCAUGAAAUCCAAAGAAAAUCACAUCACAGAACUCAAACAUUUGUCUGUUGAAGCCAAAAAGGCUCUUGAUAGGAGAGUGAAGUGCCUUCCUGCAAGUAGUCGUCUGAUGACUAGAGCGCUGAAGGCAAUGGAGGAGGCAGAACACAUGAAGAAUCAACUCUCAAACCAGAUUCAAGAGUCGACUUCAAAUGUCGAAGCAGAGAAUUCCUCAAAUGUUUCAUUACCUGAUAAAACAGGUGUUGACAACCACUUAUCUUCCCAUAAGAAUGUAACUACAACAAGCCAUGAUUGGAAAAUUGACUCAGAGCUGUCCUCUGAUUGUCCAUGUUUUGAAGAUGAUGUCAUGAAAUCUGAGGAUGAAGCACCUUUGAUAUCUCCAGCACCUGUUGUCUUUCAUUCAUCCAAGUGCAAACAAGAGAGCCAUGUUUCUGGUUUGUCUUAUAGCUCUACUCCAUCUCCUUUGCAGUUAAGCACAGAAGAUGUUGAGAACUUGCAAGAAAUAACCUUCAAGUCAUUAUCAAACAAACAUAGUGGCCAGCCUCUGUCUUUUGUGCCUGACCCAAACUAUAAGUUUAGCACAUUCUUAAUGCUGCUCAAGGAUAUGCAUGAUAGCUGUGAAAAAGAUGGAGCACCAUGGGUUAUUGAACCUUUACCUGUAGAUGAAAUAAUUAAAGAGGAGCCAAUACAGAUUCUGGCAAAGGGCAUAAAGGAUGAGUUGACCCAAACAAACACGGUAGUUUCACAAAAAUGUAAACCUGGCAAAAUUUCUGGCUUCAAAUACAAACAGAAGAAGAUCAAGAACAAAACAAUUAAGAUCCCAAAGAGUGACAAAAACAACAGCAGUGUUAUCCCUGAAAAACAGCUAACUUCCAUCAUUUCGAAGAAUGCUCCAAGGUCUAGCAAAUAUAUUCAACCUGUGGAAAAUAGAAAGAAACUUUGCGUCCUCACGGCACCCUGUGAGAUCACAGAGCAAGUCCAUUCCAAAUAUUCAUUGGACGUACUGAUUCCAGAGCACCAAAUUGCUUUAGAGGAACCAGGGACCAAGUUUUCUGUCAGUGUGCCCAAAAAGCGUUGGCAGAAGUUUGACCAAGUCAUUGACAAUGUGUUACACAUAGACAUAUGUGAUCAAGAAGCAGAACGACUACCUGGGUUACCCUCAGAAAAUUGUCACGUCUUGGUGGGUGGCACAAACAAGUCAAGUUCUUUUGUGCCUGGGAAGGAAGUGAAUAUGACUGCACCAGAAAUUUUUCGAGGCAACUGUCCAGUAAAUUAUAUCCCUACUGGUAUAGAAUGCAAACGUAUUAGAAAACCUAGCAAAAGACUCAUAGAAUGGACAGAGGAAUACAAUCAAUUGUUUUCCACUAAGAAGAGAGCAAAAAAGAAACCUGAGUCAUUUUCGAAGGUUGAAAAACACAACUGCAGUGGUCCAUUGGAGAAAACAUCUGGUGAAUGUAUAAAGGAACCUCAGGUAAUGGAACAAGGUGUGUCGAAAUCACUUCCAGAAGUACAGACUCCUCCUCCAGAAGAGAUUUCUAGGAGUACUUCUUCGAUAAAUACCACUCCUUGUCAAGAGAGUCAAGUUUUUUCUGUAGACACGCUAACUCCGCCACCUGAAACUGUCCCAUCUCCGUGCAGAGAAAUUCCUCAAAAAGAGCAGUUUCAAACCCAAAAUGGUAUAGCAGUUGGUGAUGGUGUGUGUCUAAGCACAAAGAGACAAAGGAAGCCUACCAAAAAGAUUCUUGAAAGUUCUAUUGAAGCUGAACCAAUUCUCAUGCCUAAAAGAAAGGUGAAGUCACAGAAGACAUCUGGACAUACUGCUAAUUCAGGGAUGGGACAACAAUCAUCAAAAUGUAAGAUUAAGAUAUCUUCUGAUUCCAUCAACACAGCAACUGCCCCAAUCUUAAAAAGCACAGAGGAGACAGAAAGGGACCCUACCGUUCCUCAGCCAGUUAACAAAGAACCUGAGAUUGUUUCAGAUGCCCUGGACUCAGAGGUUAGUACGAUGAACUCUUCUGACUUAUGUUCUGAGAAAGAAGACGUUUCACAGUCUGAUGAAGGACUUUUGGCUAAUAAGAAGUUCUCAGGGGAGAAAGGAGGCUGUACCUUACUCAAGGAGAAUGUGUGUCAGGUGUGUGAGAAGCAGGGAGAUUUGCUUCUAUGUGAGGGACAGUGCUGUGGGACAUUUCACCCGCAAUGCAUAGGACUGAAAGAGUCUCCCAUAGGACAGUUUUUGUGUCAGGAGUGCACAUCUGGUGUACACUCAUGCUUUACUUGUAAGAACCUGAGUGAGGAUGUUAGGCGUUGUAUGCUUCCUGAAUGUGGGAAGUUCUACCAUGGAGAGUGUGUUGCCAGCCAUGCGCCCACAGUGCCUCUGAACCUGGCCUUUCGUUGUCCCCUGCAUGUCUGUCUGGCGUGUUUCAUCACAAAUCCAGCCAAUUCGGCCAUAUCUAAAGGCCAGCUAACUCGCUGUGUCAGAUGUCCUGUGGCAUAUCAUGCCAAUGACGACUGCAUACCUGCUGGUUCUGUCACACUGACCGACAGCAUUAUAGUGUGUCCCAAUCACUUCACAUCACGCAAAGGCUGCCGCAACCAUGAACACGUCAACGUCAGCUGGUGCUUUGUCUGCUCAGAAGGAGGUAUUCUGCUGUGUUGUGAAUCGUGUCCUGCAGCAUUCCACCAAGAGUGUCUGAAUAUUGACAUGCCAGAAGGAAGCUGGUACUGCAAUGACUGUCGUGCUGGAAGAAAACCGCACUACAAGGAGGUAGUGUGGGUUAAAGUGGGCCGCUACAGAUGGUGGCCAGCAGAGGUCAGCCAUCCCAAAAACAUCCCAGAGAAUAUCUUACGCAUAAGACAUGAUAUUGGAGAGUUCCCGGUCAUUUUCUUUGGCUCUAAUGACUAUCUGUGGACGUACCAAGCCCGUGUUUUCCCUUACAUGGAAGGUGACGCCAACAGUAAAGAGAAAAUGGCAAAGGGAAUUGACUCUACAUAUAAGAAAGCUUUAGAAGAAGCUGCCAAAAGGUUCAAAGAACUGCAGGCCGAGAAAGAACUAAGACAACUCCAGGAGGACAGAAGAAAUCACAAGAAACCUCCACCUUACAAACACAUCAAGGUGAACAAACCAAUCGGCAAAGUGCAGAUCAUCUCGGCAGACCUUUCGGAGAUUCCUCGCUGUAACUGCAAAGCAACGGAUGAGAACCCUUGCGGUAUGGACUCGGAGUGCAUCAACCGUAUGCUGCUGUAUGAGUGUCACCCACAGGUGUGUCCUGCAGGUGAGCGCUGCCAGAACCAGUGCUUCACCAAACGUCAGUUCUGCCAGGUGGUGAUCUUUAGGACACUGUCUCGAGGCUGGGGGCUGCGCUGUGUGCAUGACAUCAAAAAGGGGGAUUUUGUUAACGAGUAUGUUGGAGAGAUGAUUGACGAGGAGGAAUGCCGUGCUCGGAUUAAGCAUGCUCAAGAGAACGACAUUGGCAAUUUCUACAUGCUUACGCUGGACAAGGAUCGAAUUAUUGAUGCCGGACCCAAGGGAAAUGAAGCCCGUUUCAUGAACCACAGUUGCCAGCCGAAUUGCGAGACCCAAAAAUGGACAGUCAGCGGUGACACACGUGUUGGGCUUUUUUCACUUACAGAUAUCCCUGCUGGCACAGAGUUAACAUUCAACUAUAAUCUUGAAUGUCUGGGUAACGGGAAGACGGUGUGCAAGUGCGGUGCAUCUAAUUGCAGUGGAUUCCUGGGAGUGAGGCCCAAAAAUAACCCACCAUUAGAUGAGAAGGGCCAUAAACUAAAGAAGAAGUCACAGAUGAAACGCAAAUCCCAGCAGGAAGUGGUCAAGGAGCGUGAGGGCGAGUGUUUUAGCUGUGGAGAUGGAGGACAGAUUGUGACCUGCAAGAGACCAGGCUGUCCAAAGGUUUACCACGCAGACUGCCUCAAUCUCACCAAGAGACCCGCAGGCCGUUGGGAGUGUCCCUGGCAUCAGUGUGACUUGUGUGGAAAGGAGGCGUCUUCCUUCUGCGAGAUGUGCCCUAGCUCCUACUGCGUUGAACAUCGGGAUGGCAUGCUCUUCAUAUCCAAACUGGAUGGGCGCUUGUCAUGCAGCGAGCAUGACCCCUGUGGUCCUGAGCCCCUGGAGCCUGGCGAGAUCCGGGAAUAUGCUUCGGAACACACCACCACGCACCCAAUCAAACUUAGCAGCGUGGCCAACCCUAAAUCCACACCUCUAAACACUAUAACUAUCCCAGAGUCUGUCUCACACCAUGAUGUAUCUCCUCAGGUCUCCUUUGACCCCUCCAGCAGCCCUCCAAUGUUUAACAUCUCUCUAAACUGUGCAUAUUCACCCAUUUCUCCCUAUGGCGAAGAACAAUAAGAAGAGGAGGAGGAUUUGAUGGAAUUAGAAAGGGAUUUUAAGGGCAAGAAGAACAUACCUGAUGGAAAUCUGGAACAAUUUCAGAUGAGGGUUUAAUCUAUUAAGUAUUGAAGCUAACUGGCUUGGUGUUUCUUCGGUUAUCAAACUAUGUUAUAGCCAUGCUCUUGUUGUCUGGCCUCCUGGUG